AUGGGGAACUGCCUCGCCAUGGGAACUCCGGUCAACCACUACCAAGCCCCCACCACCACCGCCGCCGCCGCCUCUCCAGAGUUUAGUGCCUCGCGGAAUAACAGCAGCGACGACGUCGUUGAGAGCGUGAGUAAUAGCGGCGGAGGCCACAGUACUACUACAAGCGGCGAAACGGCGGGUAGGCCGAGCUUGAAGAUCUUCAAGCUGGCGGACUUGAAGAGCGCGACGAGGAAUUUCCGGCCGGACACUGUGCUCGGGGAAGGCGGGUUCGGGACGGUUUACAAAGGGUGGAUCGACGAGAGGACCUUCGCGCCCUCCAAGGUCGCCGUCGGGAUGCCCGUCGCCGUCAAGCGAUCCAACUCCGACAGCAAUCAGGGGCUCGAGGAGUGGCAGCCGCUCCUAGCAUCAUCGUCCACCGCUGCCACGCCCGCAACGCAAACCUCGGCCACCGCCUGCUCGACCACCGCCUCGUCCUCCUCUAAACCUGCCACCGUCUCGGGGUUUCAUGGUUCUUCUUCUUCGCUGCCGCUGUUACAGGGAGGAUCGCCGAGCUUAACCAGGAGACAGUGGGAAGAAAUUGAAGAACGCCGCUGUUAUUGGGGCAACGUUCAAAUCCCAGGCGGCGGUGGGAAGAAAUUGACGACGAGUGACCAGGCGGAAGUCAAGUUCUUGGGGAAAUUUUCACACCCGAAUCUCGUCAAGUUGUUGGGUUACUGCUGGGAAGAGAAUCAAUUCCUGCUGGUCUACGAGUACAUGCAGAAAGGCAGCCUGGAAAGUCACCUCUUUAGAAAGAAUGCAGAUCCAUUACCAUGGGAGAUCCGUCUGAAGAUCGCAACGGGCGCAGCAGAAGGCCUAGCUUUCCUCCACUCCUCGGAGAAGAGUGUCAUCUACCGCGACUUCAAGGCCUCCAACAUUCUUCUGGACAAGGAGUACAAUGCCAAGCUAUCGGAUUUCGGGCUGGCCAAGUUCGGCCCGGUGAACGGGAAGUCCCACGUGACCACCCGUGUCAUGGGGACCCACGGGUACGCGGCGCCGGAGUACGUGGCGACGGGCCACCUGUACGUCAAAUCCGACGUGUACGGGUUCGGGGUGGUCCUCCUGGAGAUGCUGACAGGCUUACGGGCCAUGGACACGAACCGGCCCAGUGGGGAGUACAAGCUCGUGGACUGGGCCAAGCCCUCUCUCUCCAACAAGAGGAAGCUCAGGAAGAUCAUGGACCCGAGGCUCGAUUUAGAGUACCCGUUGAACGCUGCGAUGCAAGCAGCCGAGCUCAUCCUGCAGUGCUUGGAGGUCGAUCCCAAGAGCAGGCCUUCCAUGGAGGAAGUGGUGGAGACUUUGAGGAAGGUAGCCGAGAUCAAGGUGAAGCCCAGAGAGGGCAAAGAAGGUAAAUCAGGAGGCAGGGACCGACGUGGCAGUCAUGGUAGUCAUAGUUACGGACAUAGCCCAAGGGAUCAUCAUCGGCCCAGAUAUGGUGGAAAUGGGAUUAAUGGGUCACGGGCCCAUUCAGCAGGUAGAUAG